AUGUGCUCCCGCCAGGACAAGGACCAGUGCCACAGGCAGGAGAGAGGCAGCGGUGGCUGUCACAGCUCCGGGGGGGGUGGCUGCCACAGCAGUGGUGGUGGAGGUGGCUGUCACAGCUCCGGUGGUGGCAGUGGCUGUCACAGCAGUGGUGGCAGCAGUGGCUGUCACAGCUCCGGUGGUUGUCACAGCUCCAGUGGUGGCGGUGGCUGUCACAGCUCUGGUGGUGGAGGUGGCUGUCACAGCUCCGGUGGUGGCAGUGGCUGUCACAGCUCUGGUGGCUCCAGCUGCCAUGAGAAGCCACAAGUCCAGUGCCAGCAGCAGCAGCAGCAGCAGCAGCAGCAGCAGAUCCAGCAGAUCCAGCAGCUCCCCUCGCAGAAGAUGAAGUGAUGGGGUGUCCCCCACACCCCUGCACCAAAGGCCACGCAUCCCCCAGCUCCCUCCAACCUCCAGAAAGCUUUGCAAGCCCCGGGGCUUCCUGCCUGCAAAUCCUCAGCUCUGCCCUUGGUUCUGUCACUCCUUGGGAAAGGGACAUCCCUUGGGCUUCCCUGCCACCUG